CCAUGUGUAGGCGAAUCACGUGUGAAGUAACCGUUCGUCGUCAUGUCUCUGCUGUAAGCAGAGCCUCACGCAAGAUUUUUUUUAUUUUUCCUCCGCUCGCUGCCGCUUUUGUUUUGACAGCUGCUUGUUUUCUUUUCGCAUAUCCCCUUUACCGAAGAAUGAGCGAAAACGAUGACAUCGAAGUCGACAGCGAUGCAGAUAAGCGAGCACAUCACAACGCGCUGGAGCGCAAACGCAGGGACCACAUCAAAGACAGCUUUCACGGUUUACGAGACUCUGUGCCUGCACUGCAAGGAGAGAAGGUGAGAGGAAAUAGCUCUGUUAAACAGGCUUCCCGAGCCCAGAUUCUUGACAAAGCCACUGAGUACAUUCAGUACAUGAGACGAAAAAAUCACACUCACCAGCAAGACAUCGAUGAUUUAAAGAAGCAGAAUGCACUGCUCGAACAACAGGUGCGUGCUCUGGAGAAGGCCAAGGGCAACAAUCAGCUGCAAAGCAACUAUUCCUCUGACAGCAGCCUGUACACGAACCGCAAAGGGAGCGCGGUGUCGGCCUUUGACGGCGGGUCCGACUCCAGCUCAGAAUCGGAGCCCGAGGAGCCUCCGACCAGGAAGAGGCUGCGUGUGGAGCCCAGCUAGAUUCUCCGACUGACUCCUCUCCGCCCCUCCCCCUUGUUGUUGUUUGUUUUCUGUUGCCCACCAGCCUGAAACUCCUCUUAGCUGUGUGCACUCAGCCCUGCCUUCUUACUUCAGCCAGUCAGGAGGCGAGGUGGAGACUGUGUGAGAGAGAUGCUAUAUAUUGUGUAUAAAAUGCUUCGACUUUCCUGAGCAUCCUGUCACUUCUCCUCUCCUCGUUUCCCAGCGUGACCCUCCCACUCCCCCCCCCCACCCCAAAAGUGAGGCAGCUCUGCAAUUUUGGAGGACUCAACGCUUUUCAAUCCUCGCACUGACCUUAAUUUUAAGGAAUGUGGAGAUAAAGUAUGAGGCGUUAGGUCAUACAACAUGCAAUUAUUGGGGGGAGUUGCUUUCACAAAAAAAUGUCGAUUGAGAAUAGUUUACCUUUUUAAAUCUAAUCUUUUUUUCCCCCCAAAAUGAAUGUUAUGUUAUGCAAAAUGAACUUACUCAGUGUAGAUGCCUGAAAUGUUGUGUUUUGAAAGUGUUUUGUGGAAUCAAAUGAAACCCCCCUUAUUUAUAUUGAACUUUCGCAAUUGAUGUCAUUUGUUUUGGGCUUGAAAAGGACAAACAUUCUGUUGUUUUAAUGGCUUCACCCCCACCACAGGUUUGGCUAUUUUCUCUCCUCUUAUUUUUUUAUUACUGUCAGACAAAAACUAAGCACCAAAUCGAUACUGAAUGUUACACAGUACAGUCCAACUUUAUUUUUCGGAAUGAUCUCUUGGUUCAGUGUGUAGUAUAUUACCCAAUCCUUAAUGGUGUCACUUCUGCAAAGAAAAUUUUUCCGAGAAUAUUUUUGCUUGUGCUGGGAACGUUUCUUUUCAAUUUUUUCCCCCUUUACUCAGAGGUAAACGAGUGUGUAUGUAAUCAAUAUUUUUUUGUUCCAUUCCAUGGAAAUUACAGGUAUGUUGUACAUACUGCCAACGGGUGUCUUGCAAGUUAAGACAUACCUUGAAUAAAACUUUUAUCCUUAUCGGAUGUA